AUGUCCAACUCUUUUGCUUAUGACGAUGCAUUUCCCCCUCCUCCCACCUUUCAGCAAAAAUGUUCCAACGCUGUCCGCUCCGUCUUCACCAAAGACUUUUGGAUCGGUGAUUAUGACUAUAGUUUCCUGCUCCCUGCCAUCCCCUUUACCAACAGUAAACCAAAGUCCCCUCCCUUCUUUUCCUUAAACGCCAAAACACCCGUUCUUUUGGCCUUUAUUUUGGGCUUCCAGCAUGCCCUCGCCAUGAUUGGAGGCGUUACCUCUCCUCCUCGUAUCAUCGCCGCUAGUGCCAAUCUUACAGUCGAGCAAACCAAUUACCUUGUCUCUGCUGGUCUCAUCAGUACGGCCCUCUUGACCCUCAUCAAUAUAGCUCGCAUCAAAAUUCCCAAAACCAAUUAUUACAUUGGCACCGGCAUGCUCUCCGUUCUCGGUAUAUCCUUCACCAGUGUCAGUGUAGCGCCUAAAACAUUUAGUCAAAUGUACCAAAAUGGUUAUUGUCCUACCGCCUCUGACGGUACCAAGCUCCCCUGUCCUGAUGCCUAUGGUGCAUUUAUUGCCACCUGCUGCGUUUGCUCUUUGCUUGAAAUUGCUAUGUCCUUCAUUCCUCCUCGCUUCCUCAAACGCCUCUUCCCUCCCAUCGUUACUGGCCCCGUCGUUUUAUUGAUUGGCGCUUCUCUUAUUAUGACCGGUCUUGAGGAUUGGGCCGGCGGUAGUGGCUGCACAAGCCGUCAAACGAUGUGUCCUUCCAAUACUGCUCCCCAUCCCCUGUACUGGGGUAGCGCCCAGUUUAUCGGACUCGGAUUUAGUGUCUUUGCUACCAUCGUCGUCGUUGAACGCUUCGGUCCUCCUUUAAUGAAAACAACUUCUGUUGCCUUUGGCCUUAUUAUCGGCAUGAUUAUUUCUGGUGCUACCCAUUAUUGGGAUCGUUCCAUUAUUGAUGCUGCUCCCGUCAUCACGUUUAACUGGGUCCAUACUUUCCGCCUUAAAAUUUAUGGCCCUGCCGUUCUCCCCAUACUUGCUAUGUACAUUGUCAACAUGAUGGAGGCCAUUGGCGAUAUCACCGCUACUUCAGACGUCUCCAUGCUGGAAGUCGAUGGUCCCGAAUUUGACUCGAGAAUUCAAGGUGGUGUUCUCUGCGACGGUACAUCCUCCUUAAUAGCUUCCCUCAUGACUAUCACCCCUCUCACAACCUUUGCCCAAAAUAAUGGUGUAAUCAGUCUGACCAAGUGUGCCAAUCGAAGAGCUGGUUUUUUCUGUGCAUUCAUCUUGUUGUGUAUGGGAAUCUUUGGUAAGUUCGCUGCCGUAUUUGUAGCAAUUCCCAAUGCCGUGAUGGGAGGAAUGACCACCUUUUUGUUUUCCUCUGUCACAACCUCUGGUAUAGCCAUCAUCGGUCAAAUCCCUUUCAAUCGUCGAAACCGCUUUAUCCUCACCGCUUCUUUAACUUUGGGUAUGGGUGCAAUUUUGGUUCCUAAUUGGUUCAGUUACUUUUUUACAUAUUCUGGAAGCAACAAAGGCCUUGUCGGUUUUUUGGACGCCAUCACCCUCGUCAUGGAGAAUGGAUUUGCCAUUGGUGCUUUCAUUUCCAUAUUUCUGAAUCUCAUCCUCCCUGAAGAGUUCGAUCCCGAUAUGCAUAACGACAGUCCUGGUAUGUCUUCAGGCGCUAACGGCAUAGUCGAACUUACGGCCGUUGACCCCACUGAUUCCACUACCACCGAUACAAAGCACGAGUCAGAGAAGAAGAUAAGUGAGAACAAUGGAAUUGCUGAAGUGCCGGUGUAA